AUGCGACGGUCCUGUCGGCCUUCAGCAAAAAUAAAAUCAAUACAGGAAAAUGAGCCUAAGAUGGCUUCUGAAGAUUUUACUUCUAACAAAUCUGUUCAAGAAUUGGUAGCUGAAGGCAGAAUAUGUAAUGCACGGAAAAAAGAAACCGAAACUUCAAAUCAUGACAGAAAAGGUUUUGCUGUUUCUGAUGACUCUUCCCAGCGUGAUAAAAUUUUAAAGCCUGUUGGAUCCUUUCUUUGCUAUUCUUCAGAAUGGAGGGAGCUUGCUGAGUCAAUUUCUAGGGAUAUGCUAAAUCAUGACUUAAAUGUCCAUUGGAAUGAUAUUAUGGGAUUGGAUGAGGCAAAAGACCUUAUAAAGGAGGCCGUCGUUUUCCCAACAUCGUACCCUGAACUUUUCUCGGGUAUUCUUACUCCGUGGAAAGGUUUGCUCCUGCAUGGACCUCCAGGAACUGGCAAAACAUUACUGGCUAAAGCCGUUGCAACGGAAUGUCGGACCACUUUCUUCAAUAUUUCCGCAUCUUCAAUUGUUAGCAAGUGGCGGGGUGACUCAGAGAAACUUGUUCGAGUUCUGUUUGAAAUGGCGCGAUUCUAUGCCCCUUCAACAAUAUUUUUGGACGAGCUUGACUCUUUGAUGUCUCAAAGAUGUUCUGAUUCCGGAAGCACAGUUGGAAUGGGAGAACAUGAAGGGUCUCGGAGAAUGAAAACUGAACUCCUUAUUCAAAUGGAUGGUCUAGUAAAAUCAGAUGAUUUAGUGUUCGUAUUGGCUGCUUCAAAUAUUCCUUGGGAACUGGAUCAUUCUAUUUUAAGAAGACUUGAGAAACGUAUUUUGGUUGAUUUGCCAAAUUUUGAAGCCAGAAUGAAGAUGUUUGAAAAUCUCUUGCCUAAGAAACAGAAGUCUGCAAAGCCAGGGGUGCCUCCAUUAACCGCACAGAUUGAUUAUGAAAGAAUGGCUGAGAUUACAGAGGGCUACUCUGGGGCGGAUAUUAGGUUGGUAUGCAAAGAAGCUGCAAUGAAUUCUGUAAGGAAGGUAUUCUACAUCUUGGAGAAUAGAAACAGUAGCAAUUCCCUUCUCCAAAGUAAAUUUCACUUCGAUCCAAUAACGUCGGAUGAUGUGGAAGCCGCAAUUCAACGCACAAAACCUUCUGGGAUGGCCUAUGCAAGAAGAUACCGAGAUUGGCAAGAAAAAUAUGGGUCCUCAUAG